ACCAGGGCGAGCAGGUGGAGCGGGAGAAAAGGAAAGGCUUAACUCUGAACACUGGACCGUGUGACUGUUACAUGAGGGCAGUCUGAUGUUUCCUGAAUGUGACCAGAAAUCCUAGGGAAAUGACCUUCCGGCCAGAGGUAAAGAAAGAACUAGCCUUUUCAAUGCAUUUACAGGGCGGAAGAAAUGCACACUUAGUUAUUUUCGGGUUAUAUCUUCUCUGUGGGGCUAGGUCAACAUGUCACAUAAUUCUAGGAUUUUAAGAAAGCCAUGAGCUCCUCUUUUAUGUGCCUGCCCAAGGUCCCCAGAAGCUGGGCUGCACGGAGUAGAGAAUUGCUCUGGCACAUGGCUGAGUUCUUUCUCAGCUCAAAGAGUGUGUCCUUUAUUCUCAGUAGUCAGGAACGUCCUCCAGAGACCACAACCUUCCUGAUGAAGCUGCAUCCACCACGUCAGCAUCGCUGCUGCCCCUCCUGGGGCUUAGAGGGAGACAUAAAAGAGGCAGGUGCGCGUGCACAUUCGCAGAGCGCGAGAAGGAUGUGUUGCUCUGUGGGUGUCUCUCAGCUGCCUGUCUUCUGGUGAGUUCUGACACCCAGGAGGGUGAGCUAGCUGACUGUCCUGAAGCGGGUCCCGAGCAUGGGUUAAACUGGGAAAGGAGGAGGGCUAGGGGCAGAGGGAGAGCCUGGGUGGAGGUUAUCAGAUAGCAGCUUCUUAGGUGAGUGAGCGGAGCAGGUGCUAGACCUGGGGUUCUUGGCCUAGCACCUCCCCUGCCAGGGAAGAUCUAGCCGUUUCUCCCAGCGUGUUAAUGCAGCACUUCAAGCCAUUCCUGCCUCUCUGUGGCUUUGAGGUACCGAGGGGUCCCAGGUCCCCUUCCUCCUCCUCCACUCCCAUCAGAAAGAACUGAGAUCCUGGUCAUGCUUGGCUAGAAGCUGGAGAGCAAGAUAAAGGGAAAACAGCAGUACCUAUUUCUGGGGUUCCUCCUCCAAAAGAGGGUUCGUGUCUUCCAGGUGAAAAGCCUUUGCCUGGGCAUGACGGGGCAGGUGUAUGCUGAAGGGCACAAAGGUCAAGAAUUAGGGUCAAAUAUAUAUUGGCAUAAGGAGAAGUUUGUCAGAGACAGACAGAGGUGUGGCUAGGUCUUGUUACGAAGAGUAUGAAUGGGAACCAGUACGAAGCUGUGGUGGAAGAACAGCCAUGAGUCAAUGGCAAUAAUGUAUAUUUUGAGAGUAUGUAGGACGACAUAAGGGGGCGAAAGUCUGUGUUGGGGACAACGACUGCCUACGGGCUGAAUGUUAGUAUGCAAAUAGCGGAUUUAGGGGAGAAUUCCUGAUUCUUCUGAAACCAGCCACAGCUUUGUGCCUGGGAACAAAUAAAUGGUUUCCUUGUUGCUUUUUUUUACAGCAACUCUGCCAGUGAAAAACGGAUGUCCACAGUUUCCUCCAGAUCCCACUGCCCCUUCUUCUCACAGGACAACACACAUUCUGAUUCAAACCAGCUCAGGGAAAGCUUUCAUUAGUCAUUUACACCUCUGAAUUAAAUGAUAUUUUUAAGAAAAAAUGAAAAACUUCCAGUAGUUUUCACGAACUCAGACUUUCAGUGUCCUUUUAUAGUGACUAUCUACGAAUUGUAGUUAACAUUUAUUUCCAAAUCCCGAUCUACUUGUAUAAUAACUGUCUAAAAAUUGUAGUUCAUCUAUUUCCCUGCAAACUUCCAGUGUCCUAGAAAAAAUCCCAAUCUUUUAUAAUAACUGUCUAUAAAUUGUAGUUCAUCUAUUUCCCUGCAAACUCCCAGUGUCCUAGAAAAAAUCCCAAUCUUUUAUAAUAACUGUCUAAAAAUUGUAGUUCAUCUAUUUCCCUGCAAACUCCCAGUGUCCUAGAAAAAAUCCCAAUCUUUUAUAAUAACUGUCUAAAAAUUGUAGUUCAUCUAUUUCCAUGUCCUAGAAAAACUGUCUAUGAUUUAGAGUUAACACACAUCCAUUCAAGGAUGCCCUUGAAGAAACUAAAAUCGUGGGCAAUAUAGUUUGAACAUGUUCUUUACACCCAAUUGAUACGUGUAAUCAUUUGUCAGUAUUUUCCUUCUUUCAUAAAACAAUGGGAAGUACUCGUCCAACCUGAGGUUGAUGAUCAUAAAAUAUGAAGAAAAGAAAUUUUCCUGUUUUCUCCCAAACCACUAACUUCAUGAAUGCACCAGUUUAAACCACAGAGAUACCAUCCGCCCUGUCUUUUGCUCCCUGGUUCCUUCUUCCCCAGGAAGUGUAACCCUCAGAAACCUGACUCUGAAGACUACUCUGCCUUCCCCCUGCCAUGGGGCUGUUCAAUGUCACCCACCCUGCCUUCUUCCUCCUGACCGGGAUCCCUGGUCUGGAGAGCUCUCAGAUCUGGCUCGCAGGACCCCUGUGUGUGAUGUACGCUGUGGCUCUAGGGGGAAACGCGGUGAUCCUGCAAGCUGUGCGAGUGGAGCCCAGCCUGCACGAACCCAUGUACGUCUUCCUGUCCAUGCUGUCCGGCAGCGACGUGGCCAUGGCCCUGGCCACACUGCCCACUGUGCUCAGAACCUUCUGCCUCAAUGCCCGCACCAUCGACUUUGAUGCCUGCCUCAUCCAGAUGUUCCUCAUUCAUUCCUUCUCCAUGAUGGAGUCAGGCAUUCUGCUGGCCAUGAGCUUCGACCGCUACGUGGCCAUCUGUGAUCCCUUGCGCUAUGCCGCUGUGCUCACCAGUGAAGUCAUUGCUGGGAUGGGUUUAGCAGUGACAGCUCGGAGCUUCAUCAUCCUCUUUCCUCUUCCCUUCCUCUUCAAGAGGCUGCCUAUCUGUAGAUCCAAUGUUCUUUCUCACUCCUACUGCCUCCACCCGGACAUGAUGAAGCUGGCCUGUGCUGAUAUCACUAUUAACAGCAUCUAUGGAUUCUUUGUUCUUGUGUCCACCUUUGGCAUGGACCUGUUAUGUAUCGUCCUCUCCUAUGUGCUCAUUCUGCGCUCGGUCAUGGCCAUUGCUUCUCGUGAGGAACGCCUCAGAGCCCUCAACACGUGUGUGUCACACAUCUUGGCUGUCCUUGCAUUUUACGUUCCCAUGAUCGGGGUGUCCGUGGUGCACCGCUUCGGGAAGCACGCCCCACGCUACGUGCACAUCCUUCUGUCUAACAUCUACCUCUUUGUGCCUCCUGUGCUCAACCCUCUCAUCUACAGCGCCAAGACAAAGGAGAUCCGCAGAGCUAUCGCCCGCAUGUCUCACCGCAUCACAGUGUGACUUCCAGGUUGGGCUUUAUAAUCUGGUGCUUAGUGUUGCCUAGGUCGUAUCUACAUUGUUGCUGUUACCACCAUCUUCAUCAUCACCAUCAUCAUAUCGUCGAGAAUGAGAGAUGUGUGUCUACUAGGGGAAAGGUAAAAGAUCAAGAAGGAACCUGCAAGACAUAAAACAAAUGAGUAGUACAUUUGGCAAACAUCAGUGCCAUCCAUAGAAAGAUAAAUAUCAGAGGCAACUGAGUGAUUAGAUGAGACGUCACAAAGGGGAAUAAGCUAAGCUAGGGAUCAUUUUCCAUAAUAAUAAAUAUUACUAAUAUCACUAAUAUAAUACAUAAUAAUAAUGAUUAUAAUAAAUAAUACCAAUUACUUG